AUGGCGGCCUCUUCCACCACCGACUCGACGCUGUCGAGACCCUCCUCCAUCGCUCCUCCAGCGUCUCGCCGUCUUCCCAGGUCGCGCAGCCAGAGCUUCUCAAGCGACCGCCCCUCUACCAUCAUGAGCCACAGCCUCAUGUCCCCUCCUUUGUCCGUAUCGCCAGAGGCUGCCUUCAUCGCUGCCUCGGCCGCCUCUCAAAUCGUGACGAAUGACCAUGACAGCCACGCCGACACCUGGUACGAUCAGCAUGGCAUCGAGCCUGCCGGCGAGACAGCAUUGGUUUCGCCAGGCGCACUCAAGCUCGUCAACAGCUUUCUUGACCAGCUCCUUUUCAACUUCCUUCAGGUCUCCCGAGCCACUACCUUGACAGCCCUUCGCCCUGCCGUGUCUGAAGUCUUGAAGCCCAAGCUUGCAAAAGACGCCAUCAACAAUGCCGACGAAGAGCUGCGAGAAUAUCUUGGGGGAGCCGAUGAGGAUGAGUUUGCGGCACCGCGAGACACACACUCGCUUCGAGAUUGGGACCUCGAACUGGUGUGGAAGCGGACUCGUCUGAGAUGUAUGGUAUACUCAUCACUGGGUGACAUGGAAGAGGAGGAUGAGGACUUUUACACGGAACAAGAGAACCUGGAGCCCGGUGCCGAGGAGCAAGGCUCCGAAAUCAUUUCGCCCGCCGUCGCCAUCUUCUUGACGUCGAUCCUCGAGUUCAUGGGCGAGGCGGCACUCGUGCUAGCGGGCCAGGCCGCUUACCACCGUAUGCGCACCAACUUUGAGAGGUCUCUGAAAGAUGGGUCCAAGAGUCACAACGACAUUGCCGAUCGAAUCGUGGUCGAGGAACUCGACAUGGAACGUGUGGCUUUGGACAGGACACUCGGUCGCCUGUGGAGGGCUUGGAAGAAGAGAAUCCGUUCUCCCAUUCCAGACACCCCUCGGCGCUUUUCUCAGAGUUCCAGGGGCCACUUCCGACAGGGAAGCAGCCCUAGUGAGACAGCACGUGCUCUAGACAGGACAGAAGAGACGGAAUCCGGGUUUAAGGAGAAGGCACUGGAGGAGAAAGAACCGGCAAUGGACCGGGUCGAAGAGUUUGUCAAGGCGUCUGCCAUACCCUUACCGGUUGGCGACCAUGACAUUGACGAGAUUGAGGUACCUGGCCUCAUUUCGUACAGUGACGACGAAGGCGAUGGAGACGAAGAAGACGAUGACAAUGAGCGCCGCGCGCCACGCCCGAAGAGCAUGAUGAUUUUCUCGCAGCUCUUCACUAAUGCACUCCCCAGCCCAACUUGGUCUCAACCUCGGACACCACUGAGCCCUAUCCCCUCGAGCCGCAAGAGGUCAAACUCUCUGCCCACGCCAUCACCAUCACCUUAUGACUUGCCUGCUGCCAAGCGCCCCAAGGUCGAGGCUUUUCCCAGUAAAAUUGCCGACGAAGUGGACGUCGACUCCGCCAAAGCAAUUUCCACAGAAAUCAUCACAGAGGCGGUCGAGUCAACAGAGGGCCCCGCACUUGCCGCUCAGCCGCUCACUGAAGAUUCACCCAUAUCUCCAGGCAUUUCUGAUGACUCGGCCGAAGCCGCUGCGGAGCAUCAAAACGAUCAGGCGAGCACAUCGGAAGCGGUUCAAGAGUCUAUCUCGGUGGGCCAGGAACAAGCCCCCCCAGAAUUUGGGCGGAGGAGCUCCAAGCGCAUGUCUCGCAUCAUCGGCAGUACCGCCGUUGCCAGCACUGCUGUUGCUGCCGCUGCCACGGCCGCUGUUACCACGAGUGCUACUGCAGAGAAGCCUGUGCAACAACAACAGUCAACCAGGGCCCAGGACGCGUCUGACGGUGAAACCGACGAGGUGGAGGACUUUACUGAAGAACCGCAAAUACUUACCUCAGCGCGAGUGUCCUUUGCUGGCCGCAGCUCUCCCUCCGUUUCCGACUCCAGUAAAGUGCCGUCAAUCAAUACCAACAUUCCUCAGAGGACCUCAAGUGUGCACUCGGCCCGCGUCAUAGACGUCGUAGGCCCAAAAAGCCCCAUCGGUCGCUCGAGAACGCCUUCGGCUGAAGGAUCUGAGCGCAUAAGGCCGACAAGCUUAUCGCGAAGGAGCAGCGUACACACACCUCCUAUUGUUGAAGAAAAACCAAGACCGGCUCCGAUCGACACGCUUAUGCGCAACGCCGGCCCUGCGCCAGGAACCCGGUCACCAGCUGAGAGACUCACGCGGAGACAAGGCACGAACCUUUCAAUUUCUGAGGCUGAGGAGGAGCCUGAUUACGUACCAAAUCGCGAUGGGACACCGAUGACUCUGGCAUCGAGGUAUGCACCUCAGACACCGAAUGAGCUCCAGACCCAGUUUGAGGAAUCAGACCAGCCCAUUUUUGGGUCUGCAGUUCGACAGCCAGGGUCUCCUCGGCAAGAACACCAUCCUGCAACAACCAAAGUCACGAUCCUGAGCACAACGGACUCGUCAAAUGCCUUUGAAACCUCCAAAGCGCCAUCCCCACCUCGCAAAUCGCCUGGCCUGCCCCGUAGCCAGACGGACCGAAGCCGUGAGGAGCCAUAUUCCGCAUCAAACGGACACACGACCAGCAUUGGUGUCGUGUCAGUCGAGCGCCAAUCUCCUGGCCGCGAUUCGCCUGAGCGUGCGCGACAGAUUCACACCUCUGGCUCGUCAGGCUCGUCCAAUGCUGGCAAGAUCAGGCCACUGAGGACCUCGGAAGAGAGCAAAGGAUCGCCUCGUGUCGAAAACGUCGCUCGCAAUUUCGAGGAGCUCAUACAGAGCGACCAGACCAUACAGUACACUCUAACGCCAGAGAACAUGCGCGAUGUCAAGCCGUCCCGGUCAGCUCAGAACAGCCCAGUCGCGGGUCCUAAGUCGAGAAGAAGCGAAGACGUGCGCGUAGCUGACCGCGAGCGAUCUCACCCCAGCUCCAAUACGGCUGUCAAGCGGUCGGGGUCUACCAGUCGUGCAACCGGAUUGAACUCUCACCCUGUCAGCGAGCCCAAGCCCAACGCCAAACCCACUGGGUACAUCCCCAGAGCGCCGCCAAAUGCCAGUACCAAUCGGUCCAAGUCUGGCGGCCCUCAAGCCAGGGAUGCUCGUGUCCCACGCGAGUCCAUGAUCGACUUUGCCGACUUCAUUCGCAGUACUGGCCCCACGGGCGAGAACGGCCCUGCCCCCCUCCGCAACGGAAAUGGACAAGUACCAUCAGUCAAGAACAGCAUCGACAGUAGACGGGUGUCGUCGAACAGCAACCGGCCCCGUCUCCAAGCUCGCGAUGCGGCUGUGGACAGCCGGGAGGACAAUUCUGAUCUCAUUGACUUCAUCCGUCGGGGUCCCCCAAGCUCGCACAACAAUCCUCGCAUCCCACGCCAUGUGGCUCCCUUCCGCAGUACCAUGGACUCAGACCAGAUGACAGGCGCCAUCGGCGGCAAGGCCAUCGACGCCAGUUUGCCCAAUAUCCGAUACAGCCAAGCCUCGACAAAUGUGACUGAUGUCACGAUGCCUUCGGUUCAGUCAUCUGUGAACUCUCAAAGUGCUCUUAUCAAAAACAAUAGGCAGAAUGAUGUCAUUGACGAAGAGGAUUUUAUGCCCAAGCGCACUCAGCGGCGUGUCAAGGAUCCCUACGCCAUUGACUUCAGCGAUGAAGAGGAUGAGGACGACCUCGAUGGACCCCCGAGGCCGCCCCAGAAGCAGGAGGAAAGCCUGGCGGAUUUCUUGAGAAACUACCAGCCGCCCCCCGAACCAGUUGCUCAGACACCGCUCGCGAACAGACCAAAAAAGAAGGCCAGCGCGCCAAGUCUCAUUGGUCGCUUUACGCGUGGUAUCAACCACGGUUCUCAGUCUCAAGCUGCAACCAACGGCGGGGCUCAAGCAAGUUUGGCGGAGUCGAGGUCGUCCAGCAGCCGACAGGCUGGUGGUGCCCUCGGCCACACUCCCAUCCAGGUCAGCAUGCCUCCGGGUUACGACCAAUACGGACCCAUCGACGGUACUCGCCGGCCUGCCACUCAGUCCAGUGGGCGCGUGCCGAUGAAGAAAUACGAACCGCGCGAGGCAUCGUCCGCGGUGACCCGCACUAGCGACCUUGCCAGCUUCCUGCGGGACUCAGAGCCGCCGCCGCAAUCGAAUCCCCCAAGUCUCUACUCCACCCAAGAGCAAUCAUCUUCGAGCAGUGGCUUCUCCAAGAUGUUCGGUCGUCGCAAGAAGUCCAGCAUGACUUGA